GAACCUACAUGAAGAUGGUGUUUUGUUCUAUUAAUUUCUUCUUGCCAGAGGCACAAAUGGUGAAUCUAAAGAAAAUUAUAACUAAAGCUAUCCAUUACCUUUUCUGAAAGAAACAAUCUUUCUUAAAGGAAUACUUCACCAAGAAGUUCAGAACACGAGUCCUCUCUCUCUCUCUCAUGGCCACCAUUGUCAAAUAUCUGACACACUACGCGCUACUCCUCCCGUCUCCACCGAAAAACAAAAGGGUCCCUUUUGCUGUCUGUACAUUACAUCAUCAAGAAACAGUUUCUUUUCUUGGAACAUGUACUCUUCCAAAUUUUCCUUUGAAACGAUGUCGAGGUAAAACAGACAGAGAUAGAGCUAGAACUAGAGAUAGCUUCCCAUCUUUGCAAUGUCAUCAAACAAGAACCUUAGAGAUAUACAAUGGCUUCUGCAAGCCAUUACUUCACAAACCCUUAAUCUACAGAGCAUUUCCUUCUACCUCUCUCAACCAGCUUCAGGCUGUUACCAAGAAACAGAACACUCUCUGAAUGUAAACAUUUCCAAGGACAGCAUUUCCAACUUCUCCCAGAUCCUAUCAGAUUUGGGCACUGCCAAAACUAUUCAAUCUUCUUUAACAAAUAUUGAGUUUCAUAGAGCCGAUUGGGGACCAGAGCAAGUACUGUAUCUUGGAAUAUUGCUCCAGAGUAGUCCAAACAUCAAGCAGCUAGUGUUUCGACAAAACAUAUUUAACACAGAAUGCUUAAGUGAGCUUUGUGAAAUUCUAAAAAGGAAUUCGGUGAUUAAAGAAGUCACGUUUUCAGAAUCAGGUGUUGGGUCUGUUGGAGCUGGGCUUAUAGCGGCUGCUCUCAAGUUAAAUGAGAGCUUGGAAGAGUUGCAGAUAUGGGAAGACUCAAUCGGGUCCAAAGGUGCAGAGGAGCUUUCAAAGAUGAUCGAAGUAAACUCAACAUUGAAGCUCUUGACAAUUUUUGAUUCACACUAUAUCACCGCAACUCCACUUAUAUCCGCUGUUUUAGCAAGGAAUAGGACCAUGGAGGUCCAUGUUUGGACUGGAGAAAAUGGAGGGAAAAUUUCCAAGGUGGUGGAGUUUAUGCCUGAGAGCCACACGCUUCGAAUAUACAGGCUAGACAUUUGUGGUUCUUGCAGGGUUGCUUGCUCUCUAGGAUGGAACUCAACUGUGAAGUCACUAGACAUGACCGGAGUCCGGCUGAAAUCGCGCUGGGCUAAAGAGUUUCGAUGGGUAUUGGAGCAGAAUCGGAGACUCAAAGAGGUAAGACUGACAAAAACUUGCCUCAAGGACAAGGGAGUUGUGUAUGUUGCAGCUGGACUCUUUAAGAACCAGAGUUUGGAGAGCUUAUAUGUGGAUGGAAACUGGUUUAGUGGGAUAGGCACAGAGCAUUUGCUAUGCCCUUUGAGCAGGUUCUCUGCCCUGCAAAUCCAAGCCAAUACAACACUCAAGACUUUGACCUUUGGAGGUGGGAAAACAAAAAUUGGAAGAGAUGGGCUUACAGCAAUUAUACAGAUGCUAACAACAAAUGAGACUCUGACCAAGUUGGGGAUAUGCGAUGAUGAGAGUUUGAAACCAGACGAUUUUGUCAAAAUUUUCAGGAGCUUAGAAAGGAAUGCAAGUCUGAGACACUUGUCUUUGCAAGGUUGUAGAGGAGUUCAAGGAGAGUUUGUACUGAAGACAAUAAUGGAGACAUUGCAGGUCAAUCCUUGGAUUGAGGACAUCGAUCUUACAAGAACACCUCUGCAGAACUCAGGGAAGGCUGAUGGAAUUUAUCAAAGGCUGGGCCAGAAUGGAAAGACUGAACCAGAAGCUGACACAGCUGAUUUGCUCAAGGACAUGCCACUUACUGAGCCAAAGAGCUGCAGGGUCUUCCUCUGCGGCCAAGAAUAUGCAGGCAAGACUACACUUUGUAACUCCAUAUCACAGAAUUUCUCGUCUUCGAAGCUUCCCUACAUGGACCAAGUGAGAACUCUAGUGAAUCCUGUUGAACAAGCAGUUAGAACAAACGGAAUGAAGAUAAAGACCUUUAAAGACGAAGACACCAAGAUAUCUAUAUGGAAUCUUGCAGGCCAGCAUGAGUUCUACUCCCUCCAUGAUCUCAUGUUUCCAGGACACGGAAGUGCCUCAUGCUUCCUCAUCAUAUCCAGUUUGUUCAGAAAACCCAGCAACCGGGAGCCAAAGACAGCCGAAGAGAUAGAAGAGGACCUGCAAUAUUGGCUCAGGUUCGUAGUUUCCAACUCAAGAAGAGCCAUCCAACAAUGCAUGCUACCAAAUGUAACUAUAGUCCUCACACAUUGUGACAAAAUCAAUCAACCAUCACAAAACUUGCAGCUCAUGGUGACUUCUAUUCAGAGACUACGAGACAAGUUCCAAGGAUUUGUCGACUUCUACCCAACUGUAUUCACCAUUGAUGCGAGAUCUUCUGCAUCAGUUAGUAAACUCACUCAUCAUCUUCGAAGGACAAGCAAGACAAUACUUGAAAGAGUACCUCGAGUUUAUCAACUUUGCAAUGAUCUAAUUCAAAUUUUAUCAGACUGGAGAGCAGAGAACUACAACAAACCGGCAAUGAAGUGGAAAGAAUUUGGUGAGCUUUGCCAAGUGAAGGUUCCACCAUUGAGAAUACGUUCCAGACAUGACAAUAAAGAAAAGGUGGAAAUGAGGAGGAGAGCUGUAGCUAGUUGCCUGCAUCAUAUAGGUGAAUUGAUUUAUUUUGAUGAAUUAGGCUUCUUGAUCUUAGAUUGUGAAUGGUUCUGCAGUGAAGUGCUUAGCCAGCUAAUAAAAUUGGAUGUAAGAAAGCAAAGCUCCAUGGAGAAUAAUGGCUUCAUUAGCAGAAAAGAGUUGGAGAAAAUUCUAAAAGGAAGUUUACAAAGUCAGAUUCCUGGAAUGGGUUCCAAGGUCUUCGAGAACUUAGAAGCCAGUGACCUUGUGAGAAUGAUGCUUAAACUUGAAUUAUGCUGUGAACAAGAUACAUCAGAUCCAAAUUCUCCACUGCUGAUUCCCUCAAUUCUUGAUGAAGGCAGAGGGAGGCCACAAAGGUGGCAGUUAAGUUCGCCUGACUGCAUUUAUGCAGGUAGGCAUCUUGAAUGCGAUGAUUCAAGCCACAUGUUUCUCACACCUGGUUUCUUUCCUCGACUGCAGGUUCAUCUUCAUAAUAAGAUCAUGGCACUAAAGAACCAACAUGGAGCAACCUACAGUCUUGAAAAAUACCUCAUCUCAAUAAACAUCAAUGGUAUCUACAUCAGGAUAGAACUUGGAGGACAGCUGGGAUACUACAUUGAUGUUCUAGCUUGCUCCACCAAGAACUUGACAGAAACGCUAAGGCUCAUUCAUCAGCUCAUAAUUCCUGCAAUCCAGAGUCUCUGCCAUGGUGUCACAUUGACAGAAAGCGUCAUGAGGCCUGAAUGUGUGCAAAACUUGACACCCCCCAGGUACAGGAAAGCCCAAAAUGUGCCUGUGCAGCAAUUGAAAGAAGCAUUGCUCUCAGUUCCUGCUGAUAGCCUAUAUGACUAUCAGCAUACUUGGGAUCCAGUUAUGGAUUCUGGCAGACCAAUUCUAAGAGCUGGAUUUGAUCUUGCUCGAAACCUCCUAUCAGAUGAUGACUUCCGGGAAGUAUUGCACAGAAGAUAUCAUGACUUGUAUAACCUUGCUGCAGAAUUGGAAGUCCCACCAGAGAGAAAUCCAGAUGGUACAGAUCAACCAAGUAAUGAACUGGACACAGUUGAUCCAAGUUUUGCUGGAAUUGCAAAGGGGGUGGAGCAAGUUCUACAGAGACUAAAGAUUAUUGAACAAGAGAUAAGAGACUUGAAGCAAGAGAUACAAGGGUUGAGGUAUUAUGAACACAGACUCCUCAUGGAGCUUCAUCGCAAAGUGAACUACCUUGUGAACUACAAUGUCCAAUUGGAAGAGAGGAAAGUACCUAACAUGUUCUUUUUCGUUAGAACAGAAAACUACUCGAGAAGAUUGGUCACUAAUUUGAUCUCUGGCAUGACUGCCCUCCGGCUCCACAUGUUAUGUGAAUACAGGCGAGAAAUGCACGUUGUUGAAGAUCAAAUUGGUUGUGAAAUUAUGCAAGUUGAUAACAGAGCAGUGAAAAGUUUGGCUCCACAUAUCAAAAAUUUCAUGAAAUUGGUAACAUUUGCUCUAAAAAUAGGAGCCCAUCUGGCAGCUGGAAUGGGAGAAAUGAUACCAGAUUUAAGCAGGGAAGUCGCUCAUCUCACUGGCUCUUCCAUCAUGUAUGGAGCAGCAGGAGCAGUUGCUGCCGGAGCUGUGGGGGCUGCAGCUAUGGGACGGAUGGAGGGAAUCAGGAACAGAAGCAGAAGUGCACAAAGCUCAAGAGACAUUCAACAAGAAAUAAGAGCAGCACAACAAUGGGUGAUGGAUUUUCUAAGGGACCGCAGGUGUUCCACUGGAAAGGACAUAGCAGAGAAGUUUGGAUUGUGGAGAGUGAGGUACAGGGAUGAUGGACAGAUUGCAUGGAUCUGUAGGAGGCACAUGAGCAUAAGAGCAAACGAAAUAAUCGAAGUACCCAUUUGACACGGCGUAUGCGCCCGCUGUCAUUCUUGUUAUUUUUCUUUGCCAUGUAUGCCGUGUUAUUUUAUGGGACAGGGCAUGUUGCAGAAAUUCUUGUAAUGUUCCCGAUGCUUGCUGUAAUUAGUUCCACUUUAAUGACAAAAAUCUUGUUUA